AUGGCCGCGGCAGUCGAUCCAGGCUCCUCGUCUGGCUACGACCCGAUGACGAGUAGCGACGGUCCCGAGAUGCUCGACUCGCCUUCCACCUCGUCCUUCUACAACACCCCGACCCACCAUGAUGCUCCGAUGCGUUCAUCGUCCCCACUUUCAGCAGCUGUUUCGUAUGCCACCCAAUUCCAGUCGGUAACUCGUCGGCGCACCAGGCCGGCCGCAUCAUCCGCAUCGCAAUGGGCUUCCUCUUCGUCCAGAUCGACCGCGGGAGCGCACGACCACCGGGUCUACAAAUCCCGAACCUCGGCUCGUCGACCAAUCAGUCCCAUAACCCCCAAUACCUCCACAUCGAACCCCACCUCGUCGUCGUCGUCAUCGUUACGGCUCGUGUAUGCAAAUGCUCGUCGCAUCGCCGCCGACGCCGCCCGCUCCAGCUCAAAGUCGAACAAGUAUUCGCGCGAUCUUUCGCUCGGUCGACCCGAGAACCCGUUUGCCCCCGGUGCUUAUGCGUUGGGGGCGAUGAGAAACGGCGAGUGGGAGGAAUGGACCGACGACGAAGAGAGAGAAAUGGCGAUGGAACAACGACGCGAUGUAUGGCAGCGGAACAGGGCGUUCGAAAUGCAGGCGGUCGAUCAGCUGGGAGCCGUGGAAGAAGAGUUUGAAGACGUUCAAGACGACUUCAACGGGUAUUUGGAACGUACGUUACUUUACCAUUGUUGUUGAGAUCCUCGAAGACGGUGCUGAUGCGGGACCAACUCGCACUCUCUCGAUGAUGCCGGGACCUCUCGCACAGAGGAGCCUCCGGAUGAUCUUCUAGACUUGUACAGCGCCUCCGACCUCAUCGACAUGUCACGGUCAAUACCUCGAUUACCAUCCCUUGCCUCCAUCCCCGGACUCUCGAAUGAGGAAGAAAUGUCGAGUGAUGACCUCGAGAUGCAAGAAGCGCAGGACGACGCCACGUGGCCAGUGACCCCUGUCGUCGAUCCGAGCAGGGCGUUCCAAGUGUUUUCAGAAGUCCUGUCGACGUCGAGCUGUCCGAAGUGCCAGUGUUCCGAUGCGGGUACGAUUCAAAACUAUGAUCAGCAAGGCGCACGAUGCAUGCGUUGCGACUGGUCAGUGUCAAUCUUGGCGCUCCAAGCGUCAUCGCUCGAGUUUGCCGCGCACAUCCCGGCCAAAACGUGCGUCGCUCACCGCAACUAGGCCGCCAUGUGAUUGCAGGGUUUCUACUGACACGAUGAUUAUGUUUCCUCUCGCGCAGUCGGCAGCAACACCUCCCCAUCUUUGCUUGGGAUUUGCACACUGAGACUCUCGUCUUGUGCUCCGGAUGCGAUGAAAGCUUCGCUGCAUAA